AUGGGAAAGGACAAGACCCACGUUAACGUCGUUGUUAUCGGUCACGUCGAUUCCGGCAAGUCCACCACUACUGGACAUCUGAUCUACAAGUGCGGUGGUAUCGACAAGCGUACUAUCGAGAAGUUCGAGAAGGAGGCUGCUGAGCUCGGCAAGGGUUCCUUCAAAUAUGCCUGGGUACUCGACAAGCUCAAGGCGGAGCGGGAGCGUGGUAUUACCAUCGAUAUCGCCCUCUGGAAGUUCGAGACCCCUAAAUUUAUGGUCACUGUCAUCGAUGCUCCUGGACACCGUGACUUUAUCAAGAACAUGAUUACUGGCACCUCGCAGGCUGACUGUGCAAUUCUUGUCAUUGCCGCGGGUGUUGGAGAGUUCGAGGCUGGUAUCUCCAAGGACGGCCAAACUCGCGAGCACGCUCUGCUUGCGUUCACCCUCGGCGUCCGGCAGCUUAUCGUUGCCAUCAACAAGAUGGACACUGCUAAGUGGAGCGAGGACCGUUACAACGAAAUCGUGAAGGAGACGUCCAACUUCAUCAAGAAGGUCGGCUACAACCCCAAGGCUGUUGCGUUUGUACCCAUUUCAGGAUGGCACGGUGACAACAUGUUGGAGGAGUCUGUCAACAUGACAUGGUUCAAGGGUUGGACCAAGGAGACCAAGGCCGGUGUUGUCAAGGGCAAGACCCUCCUCGAUGCUAUCGAUGCCAUCGAGCCCCCAGUCCGUCCAUCCGACAAGCCCCUUCGUCUACCCCUGCAGGACGUCUACAAGAUUGGUGGUAUCGGGACUGUGCCCGUCGGUCGCGUUGAGACCGGUAUCAUCAAGGCCGGCAUGAUCGUUACAUUUGCUCCCACCAACGUGACUACUGAAGUGAAGUCCGUUGAGAUGCACCACGAGCAGCUCGAGCAAGGUGUUCCUGGUGACAACGUCGGAUUCAACGUGAAGAACGUCUCGGUCAAGGAUAUUCGUCGUGGUAACGUCGCCUCUGACUCUAAGAACGACCCCGCGAAGGAAGCUGCAUCAUUCAACGCCCAGGUCAUCAUCUUGAACCACCCAGGUCAGAUUGGUGCUGGGUACGCGCCCGUCUUGGAUUGCCACACUGCCCACAUUGCCUGCAAGUUUGCCGAGCUCAUCGAGAAGAUCGAUCGCCGGACGGGAAAGUCCAUCGAGGCGAGCCCCAAAUUCGUGAAGUCUGGUGAUGCCUGCAUCGCCAAGCUUGUUCCAAGCAAGCCGAUGUGCGUCGAGUCCUACAAUGAGUACCCUCCUCUCGGUCGUUUCGCCGUCCGUGACAUGAGGCAGACCGUUGCUGUUGGUAUCAUCAAGUCCGUUGACAAGACCGACAAGUCGGGUGGAAAGGUGACGAAGUCUGCAGAGAAGGCGGGCAAGAAGAAGUAG